CGGCCCGUCUUGUCAAGCUGCCGUGGCGCGGAGAACUCUGCAAAACAAGAGGCUGAGGGUUGCGUCCGCGACAAACCAGUUCACGCCGGAGCGGAGGGAGGGAAGCGUGUGUGGGGCAUCCGGCCGCUCCGCGGGGCUCUGAGGAAAAGCCGCCACCAGGCCGCCGCCAUGGCAAAGGGGGACCCCAACAAGCCGCGGGGCAAGAUGUCCUCGUACGCGUUCUUCGUGCAGACGUGCCGGGAGGAGCACAAGAAGAAGCACCCGGACUCCUCCGUCAACUUCGCCGAGUUCUCCAAGAAGUGCUCGGAGAGGUGGAAGACCAUGUCCGCCAAGGAGAAGGCCAAGUUCGAGGACAUGGCGCGGAGCGACAAGGCCCGCUACGACCGCGAGAUGAAGAGCUACGUGCCCCCCAAGGGCGACAAGAGAGGGCGGAAGAAGGACCCCAACGCGCCCAAGAGGCCCCCGUCCGCCUUCUUCCUGUUCUGCUCCGAGCACCGCCCGAAGAUCAAGAGCGAGCACCCGGGCCUGUCCAUCGGCGACACCGCGAAGAAGCUGGGCGAGCUGUGGUCCGAGCAGGCGGCCAAGGACAAGCAGCCGUACGAGCAGCGGGCGGCGAAGCUGAAGGAGAAGUACGAGAAGGACAUUGCCGCGUACCGUGCCAAGGGCAAAAGUGAGGCUGGGAAGAAGGGCCCCGGCAGGCCGACGGGGUCAAAGAAGAAGCAUGAGCCGGAGGAGGAGGAGGAGGAGGAGGAAGAUGAGGAGGAGGAGGAGGAGGAGGAGGAUGAAGAAUGAACGCCGUCCCGGGCGCUGUGUCGGGCGCGCGCAGGCAAUUGUUUGGCUAAGAAUGUGAAUUCACGUGCAGCUCAACAUUAGCUUCAGUAUAAAAACUGUACAGAUUUUUGUAUAGCUGAUAAGAUUCUUUGUAGAGAAAAUACUUUUCUAAAAAUGCAGGUUGCAGCCUUUUUGAGGGGCUGCUACCUACAGUUAGAUUUUAAAGCUGAUGUUGAAUGUUUCUAAAUAUUUAAUGGUUUCCUUAAUUUCUUGACGUGUGUGUGGUAGCACAGCAAACAUGCAGGGCUUUAGUAUCAGUAGAUGGAUUUGCUAGAAUGUUACAUUUUGUUUUUUAAAAAAAUUUUGUAAUAAAAUUAUAUUAUUUUUGUUUUUUGUCUUAUGCUAGAGUUAAUUUUCACUUUAAAGAACGUGUCUGGAGCCAUGUUGACUUUUGUCAUGUUUCUGCCUAAUGUUCCUAUACAGAGUUUAGUAAAAUGUUUGGUUAAAAAAGUCAAGCUUGUCGAUGUUCUUCAUAUUUAUUAAGCAUUCUUUAAAAAUUAGGUGUGGAAUUUAAUGAACUUUUAAAAUUUACACAGUUUUACAAAAUCAGUUCUGUUCUUGACAUUUCUGUUCAUCUGUUAACUAGUCCAUUGGGUCUUGUUUUAACUAAUACUUUAUCUUGGAAAUUUUCUCAUUAAUGAGGCAGAGGAGCUUAGUGCCAUUACCUUGAAAUAUACAAACUUUUAAAAAGGUCAUUAUAGCUUAAAUUUUCUGUUAAUAAUGAACUAGUUCAUGGUAGAACAACAUCAAAGUGAAUUUUGAGUUAAAUCUUAAAAAUCUGUGGUCUUUAAGCUUUAGAAUUCUGAGUAACUAACCCAAGCAAGCAAUUGAGAUGGUUAUCAGAACCUCCUGUGACUAGGAUUUAUAUUUGCUGGGGAAAGGGCUUAAAUCUAAUUUUAGGGGAGCAAGGUGUGGGUGGGUGGGACGUGAGGUAAACAGGUGGCAGUGAAGACUGCCUUGGGUCUCAGCGCCCCAUCCCUGUACAUCCUUAGCUCUGUAAAGCCUUAGAGGGAACAGACUGCUGGCUAAAUGGUUAUAGAAGAAACAUCUUGGUUGAUAUAGUUAAACCAGGUAACAUUGGUUACCUAUCAAAUUUUAGAACAGAAGUAAAUUCUUACUACCCAAGCAUGGGGCUUUUGAUUGUGUCUGUCUUGUCCCAUAUUUGGAAUAAAUACUUGCUAAGGAUUAUUUCAUUUCUCAAACGGGAAAUAACCAAAGUUAAGUGAAAGUGAGGUAUUAGCAUAAUUAACCAGAGCAAAUGGACUCAAGUAAAAUCUUAAAACCACUACGAUUGCCCUGUAUUCUGAUGAUUGCACAUUUAAAUUCAGGGUUUUGUUGGUAAUUAAAUGAAAGCUUUUUUCUUUAAAAGAUAUUUUCUGUAAAUGCUAAAAACUUUGGGGUAAUGUAUUUUAGAAACAUCUAGGUCUGGAUCCUGGUUCCCCAUUUCUACCAAUAUUAGGCUUAUGAACUUCAGGUUAUUUCUCCCCAUUAGUAAUAUGGGAUCAUUACACAGUGUUUUAGUGAUUAAAAGAAAGUACAACAGUACCUAGUACAUAGGAGAAAUGUUACAUAAUUGUUAAAAUUGAAAUAGGAAUUCCUAAAUCUGUAGAUUAGACCCAUGAAGCAGACCUACCAGGUUCUCUGUUACCUUUCUGGGAGUUUUUUGUGACUGCUUUCAUUCUGUUCUUUAUUCAAAUAUUUUUUUAAGUUUCUAAACUAAGACUGACUCAUAAUCAAGAACUGCGGCUCCAAAAUCAGCUCAGGAUUUGAGGUGAGUCUUCAUGUUUGAUAUUUUGUAAUAAUGAAUCUAAAUUUAAAAUACCCCUGAAAGGCCAGUACCUUUUUUAGGACUAGGUGACAAGGAGUGGUUAUGUUGGAAAGUGCUGAAAGGGGUCAAGAAUUUGUGGUUUUUCCCAGACCAGCUAGUCCUUGGUACGUUUAUGAAACCCUGCUCCCAUUAUUUUCUUAAGAAGUAGGUAUCUUAAUAGUGUACAACAUAAAAGGGCUACAUAGUGGGUGGUUUGCAUCCUUGAUUCUCAACAACCUAGUUCACCCAGAGGAAACCUUACUAAUAGAGUAAUUUAUUCUUUAAGACAGACUUAAGAAUGAAUAAUGGUGUGUAUAUAAAUUAAUACUACAAAAUGGACUAUGUAUUCUGCCCCUUGUUCUCAUCAUUUUAGAGAUUGUUCUCAGUAUUACAGCUGCCAUGUUCAUUUAAAUAGCUAUCUGCAUAGUAUCCCAUUGAAUAGAUCAUAAUUUAACCAUUUCCCUAAAGAGAGUACUUUGUAUUUUUUUUUUUUUUUGCUUAAAAACUUGCUGUGACUAUCCUUGUAUGUAAUUUCAAAAAAAAUCAUAACAUAAGUUUCUACAUUUUACAAUCUGCUAGUCAUUAGAAAAACUAAAACCCAAUUUGGUGUAAGUAAGAAAUUGUUUUUGUGCUUUAACUUACUGAAGCCUGCCAAAAUUGCUCUCAAUAGAAAUAAUGUAUAUUCUACAGCAAUGAUUGCUUUAGAUUGCUCUUUUCCUCCUAAGUAUAGUUCUCAUACUUAAUCUUUUGCUAUUCUGAUAUAUAAGAAGUGGUUCUUCCUAGUAUAAAUUUAGCAUUUUUUUAUAUUAAGAGCCAUUUGUGUUUCUGUGGUCUUCUGUAUUGUUUUUAUUAGUAAUUUGCAGGAAUUAAGGAACGUAGUAACCCUUUGUAAUAUGCUUUGUAAAUACUUUUCUUGUCAUUUGUUCUUUUGACUUUGUUUAUGAUGGUUUUUUUCAUGCAAAGUUUUAUUUUUAUGUAGGCAAACUUACCCUUUAGUGGCCUUGGCGAGGCCUUUCCCAAUUAAGAUUAAACAAACUUUCUUAUUAUUAAA